AUGAAGAGUCACGGUAUUGAAACGUCGUCACGGACGAAGGAAUUGCAGCCCGCCGUUGUAGGGUCGUCUGCGGCAAUCGUCUUGCCUAAUAUCACAGCACUCAUGCGAAACGAGUUCCUUCCACUUAUGCAGUGUCUGGAACAAAGUGAUGACAUCCUUUGUCGAACGUAUACCGUAGAGCUUGCGUUGACGCUUGCACGCCUUGAUGCGUCAUUAAAGGAAGAAGAAAGACGCAUUUUUGUGUGCGCGUUCGAUAGUCUUUCACGUCAUCUUCUUAAGGAUCUGCAUCAUUUCAUGGAGGUGGAAGGCCUUCUUCAACAGGACCUGCAGUUGUUGAUGGAGCUAGCAGAGAGAUGCCGCAUGGUGGAACUUCUUUAUACCAGCCGUUCACGUGGAAGUGGUGAAGGUCUCGGCUUAACGGAAAUGUCAAACGUGAUGUCAUGCCGCUCCUCUGCUUCUGUGGCUAUGGACGUGAAGGGCCAGCGCGGGACGUCGUGUUUGGCAGAAACGUGCGGAGUCAAUGGCCUCACUGCUGAGCUGCAGCAGCUGUUCCUCGGAAGCGUACCAGGCCAGAUGCACUCAGCAAGUCCCACAAGGAUAUCUAGAACACCAAGUAUAAGCGGGAACAACAAUGAAGUUGCGGCAAAUGUCACGUCGCGUUCUAAAAUUCCUCCACAGCGUAUUUUUCAACAACCGUCGCCUUCACUGACGACGCCGCUUUGCGACAUCACGGCAUGGCAUUCUGUUUGGUGCCCAGAAGAAUUCUGUGAAUUCCUGGCUGGCCGACUGACAAAGAGUGACGUUUCCGCCUUAUUGAAGAUACUGCAUCCUGCGAAUAGCAGCUGUGGGAAAUGUCAACGCUGUAGCAACGUCAAUGAAGAAGAAGCCUCCAAGGUAGCAGCGAAGGCUCCUUCUAACACGAGCACCUGUGGAAAAAAUGCCAAUAGCAACCCAAACAAUGACAUUAGUACAGGCACACGUCUAGGCGCGCACGCACAGUCUGCGGAAUCGGCUCUGCCGAGGCGUUCGGUACAAAGCGUGGAUGAUGUUGACAGUUGUACGCGGGUGAGUGAUGGUUUGAAGGCUGAAAAUCCAGCGGCGUCUUCCUCAUCAUUUGUGUUCAACACGGGAGGCCGAGUUGUUAACCGGACAGCACUGCAUAUCAACAUCAUGGUGGAAGGCCUUCUCUACGGUGGGCCUUCGGCGGCCCCAUCGCUGAACAGUUCCUUUAGUAGUGUGGAGGAAGCAGAGCAGAGCAGCGCCGCAACGGAUGCUGCUGCAGAGCACUCCCGCAGCAUGGGUUUGCAGCUCAGCUACACUGCCGGGCGCCAUAUUGCGCUGCCAUCACCAGCGGCAAUUGGCUUGUUGACAACAUUGUUUCCCUGUCUCCGCAACUAUGCAGAGGAUUUUAAGAAAAUUGCCGAAAAUGCAAAGGAAGAGAGUGGUAGUGGCGGAAAUGCUGUGCUGCCCGCAUCAAGUGAUACCAUUCGCCGCCCACAUAGCAGCCUUCAUCGUAUGAAGACCCCUGUCAGUUGUAGCGUAUUGGCUGAAGUGAACGGCGACGCAAUGCAGAUGGCUGCCCCGGAUCCACUUUCGGCAGAUUUCAGUGGGCAUGUCCGCCCUAUCGAUGUGGUGCUCUUCUGUUUCCUUCGCUCGCUCAUCAAUAUGAAGAGUAACAUCAGUUCUGACGUUGCCUCCGUUGCUCGCGCAGAUGAUACCGAUCAAUCGACAGCACGGAAGUCUUCUAGUGAGGACGCUGCUGCAGCAUUUCAAAAAGAGCCACCAGACAACGCAAUGAUGAAUCUCCCUGGUCGGAUGGCAGCAGAGUUAGAAGUCAUGAUCAAGCAGGUGCAAGAGUCAAUGGCAAGUACACAGGCUCUGCAAGAACAGAUACGAGAGGAGGUCGCCCUUCUCGUUUUUCGUGCUAUUACAAUCACAGUGGAUCUUCUUAUUCCCGCUGUGCAGUGCGCGGACCGACGGGUAAUGAUGUUUUACCGCAAAUGGAUCUGCGAUUUGUACCGACUGCUUUGGGAGGAAGAUUUACUGGAGCGGUUUUCUGGUCUUGUGGAAGUGAAUAUCCCACAGACUUACAUUGACAACACUUUGAUUGGGAACUUCUUCUUGCCUAGAGGAAUGCAAGCGACACCUCAGUGCAGCACAAGUUGUGGAAGGCAUCUCUCAGGGAGAGAAGGGUCGGCGGUGUCGGCAAGCAAGCAACAACACAAUUCAACGUCGGAGCAGAACGAUUAUGGCGUGAUCCUUGAAGAUGGUGACGAAGAACAAAAAUGCAGCACUUUGGCAUGUAUAGCGCCUGGAAAUGCGUACUCACGCUCUGCACGUAGUCCUGUGGUUGGAAGUUGCACCACAGCGUCGCUAAAUGCCACAGUGACGGCUCACCCGUCCCUGUUCCUCAGCACUACCGCUGCUGCGAAUGAAUGCCACCACGGCUUUGGUCUGUUUGAUGACCCAGCAGUGCUUGUUGCUGAGUCGUUGCUGGAGGACACUUCGACGGAGACACCACCACCUUGCAGUUUUGUCGUGACGCGUCUCAUGGCCGCCCUUCUGCGCGGUCUGGACACCGACAGGCUGCGGCAUCUUGCCCCUGUGCCAGACCGCUCUCCUCACAGCUCAGCUGGUUUUACACCAUCAACGGAUCAGCCACUAAGUGGGGUGCGGAAGACACCUCUCUCUGUUCGCACUGUGAAGAAAUCGACUCGGAAGAAAAUAGUGCCGUCGCCUCAACGUUCAUCACCACCACUACCGGUGAAAGUGUAUUCCCCCUCUCUAGAAGAGAAGCCCGCGGGGUCGCCUCAGCGUACACGCUUCCGCUACCCGGCAGUGACAACUGCUGACGAUGUGAAGGCGCUAUAUUGUAAUGCGCUCCUUGAAGCGGAGAUUGCGCUCUCACCGCUAGAUCCUAUACGUGCUGCCCUUGUGCAGAACGCGGUUGACUACCUUGUUUCAGCUAUGCAUAACCCGAAGGAGGCCUAUGAACUCCUAGACGCAUAUCUGGACGAUGUGGGCACCGAACAGAUCCAACCUCCAGCCACAGGACGAGCGGCACUUGAUGGUACGAUGGAUAACAACUGUGGCAGUAGUGGCGGUGGCGGUGGCGGCUCACACUCUUUGUCUGUGCCGGAUUCACCCUUCUCUGUUACCACUGUGAGGCGCGUGCGGCCGAUGCCCUCCGACAUGACGCUGGGUGGUGGGGAUAAAAUACACGCGCAUCAUACAAGUCACACGACACAUGUGAAACGCAGCGCUGGGGUAGAGAAGGACAACAAUAGCGCAGCAUCCAUGAGACUGCCUUUGAUACCAAAGGUGAUACCUUCUUGGAACUCCACAGAGGAGCAGGAGCAGUUUCUGGUGAUCCUAGCGCUGCUGCGUCGCGAGUACAUUACUCUUAGUGCUUCGCCUGGUGCGGUGUCGUUGGAUUCCAAAAUGGAGGCUGAGGAUUCAGUGGUAAAGUAG